AUGAAGUCCGCAAUCAUCGCUGCCGCUGCGCUGGCCACUGUUGCCAUGGCCCAACCCCACGGUCCCCAUCGCCGCCACCACCACGAGAAGCGCGAGCUUGUCGUCGAAUGGGAGACAGUUUACGAGACCGUCACCGUCGAAAUUGACGAGUCCGCUACCAACACCUACUUUCCCGCUGCCAAGACCGAGGCCGCUUCUGCCUCCGGCUCUCCUGGACAGUUCUUCCAGGCUGGCACCAGCACCACCUCGGUUGCUGCACCACCCACUUCCACUGCUGAGCCUGUGGUUGAGCCCACCACCUACCAGGCUCCCGCCCCUGAGCCAACCACCAGCACGACUCCUGUAGCUGAGCCUUCAACUACUUACGCAGCGCCCCCAGUUGAGUCUACCACUACUGCUGCUGCACCCGCUCCGACUACGACCGCUGGCUCUGGUGGCAGCUCCGGUAGCGCAAAGAGUGGUAAGAUGACCUACUACACAGUCGGCCUUGGCUCUUGCGGCUGGGACGACGCCGGUGAUGACGAUACCAUGAACAUCGUCGCCAUGGGCGCCGGUGUCUGGGAUGCCAUCAGUUCGCUUACUAGCUACGGCCUCAACCAACCCGCCCACCCUCUGUGUGGCCAAGAGAUCACCAUUACAGCCGCUAACGGCAAGAGCACUACUGGCAUCAUUCGUGACAAGUGCCCUGGCUGCCCUACGCCAGACAGCAUUGAUGUGUCGGAGAAGAUCUUCCUCGACCUCAUGGGCUCGACUACUGCCGGUGUUGUUGAUGUUACUUGGUCCUACAACAGCUUCAGUGGCUAA